UUUUGCAUUUGCUUAUCUUUUGUUAUGUUUUAUGAAGUUCAGAAGAAGAGAAAAGGAAGUGACCCUGCAGAGAAUUCCAAGUACCAUCUUUUUUUGAAAAUUCAGGGGAGUGAUUGAUGCUACAACAAUGUUAAUAAUGAUGUAUGAAGAACAGUAAGGUGGUCAAUAUCAUAUGUAGGUGAAAAUUCAUAUCCUUGAUGCUAGCUUCUUGGUGUAUGACAGAGUUCUUCAAAAAAUAUUUUUACAGUGACUUUAAAAGAAUGGUCACUUUUGGUUUGUAAAAAAGACCAUGAAAACAAUGAGGGGGAAUGUUACUCAAAUGUUGGUAUCCAAAUUUCCUUUAUUGUUUGUUGAUAGGUAUCGGCAUGCACAUACGAGGCUGUCUACAAAAAGAAAGAUUUGAAGUUUAACCAUACAGCCAAUUACCUAUGCAAAUUUUUAAAAUAAUCAUUGACAUCAAACAACGUAAUUUACUGGACCAGCCAGCAAGUCCACGCAUUUUGCAUGUCUCGCUUAUUCAAGAAGAGCGAAACAAUUUUAAGUACAACAGGAGUGAUUAGAUAGAAAAGUUGAUUUCAAAAAGUUGGGAGCGUAUAUUUGAUAGCUAUGGCAGUUUUUAUGGUACCUGCUUCUCGGACUAAUUGAUGAACCGGCAAAACAAGAUUGUUGUGUUAUGACACACCUCGUCUAGAGUUGCUGUAGUUGCACAUGAGUUCGCUUUCACGCGGUGGUGUAAACAUGGUUGUUCUUCAAAACUUCAUCAAUGGAAAGUUCGUAGAUGCCAAUGAUUUCAUUGAUAGCUUUGAGCCCUCAACAGGGGAAGUGUAUGCUAAAGUUCCUGCAAGUGGGCCAAAAGAUGUCGAGCUUGCUAUCCAAGCUGCAGAGAAUGCUAAAGAUGGGUGGGCAAAGUGCUCAAGAGCUAAAAGGUCAUUUAUCAUGAUGAAAAUUGCUGAUUUACUGGAGGCAAGGCUUGAAGAAUUUGCAAAAGCAGAAUCACGUGAUCAAGGCAAGCCUGUGUGGUUAGCAAAGACAGUUGACAUUCCUAGAGCUGUCCACAACUUUAGAUUUUUCUCUUCUGCUGUUCUCCAUUUUGGCAAUGAAUCCUCAACUCAGAGUCAUUUAGGGGCUUUGAACUAUACUGUGCGCAGUCCUGUGGGAGUGGUUGGUCAGAUAACACCUUGGAAUCUUCCACUCUACUUGUUGACAUUUAAGAUUGCUCCUGCCAUUGCAGCUGGAAAUUGCAUUGUUUGCAAACCAAGUGAAUUCACUUCUGUCACUGCCUGGAUGCUAUGUGGAAUUUUCAAUGAUGCAGGUCUUCCACCUGGUGUUGUGAACAUGGUGUUUGGUAAUGGAAAGGACACUGGAGCUGAACUGGUGUUGAACCCUGCAGUGAGAGCCAUUUCUUUUACGGGAUCAACACUGGUUGGACACUAUAUACAAGAAAAAGCAGCACCACUAUGCAAAAAAUUAUCUCUUGAGCUUGGAGGCAAAAAUGCAGCAAUUGUGUUUGAUGAUGCUAAUAUUGAGAAAGCCGUCUCAACAUGCAUAAGGUCUGCCUUUUCAAAUCAAGGAGAAAUCUGCCUUUGUACCAGCCGUAUCUUUGUGCAGAAUAAAAUUUAUGAUGAAUUCACAAAUCGUUUCGUUGAACAAACAAGAAAAAUCAAAGUUGGCCCCCCAGAGGAUGACAGCAGUUUUAUGGGAGCACUAGUAAGCAAGCAGCAUUAUGAAAAGGUGAAAUAUUUCAUAAGUCUUGCAGAGGAGGAGGGAGGCAAAAUUCUUUGUGGAGAGGGCAAAGAUGAGCCGCUAGACCUACCUGAGAAAAACAAAAACGGCUAUUUUGUACGUCCCACUGUAGUUGUUGGUCUUGCAGACAACACGAAAUGCAUGCAGGAAGAAGUUUUUGGCCCAUUUGUUUGUAUUGCGCCUUUUGAUACUGAAGAAGAGGCCGUUAGACGGGCAAAUGGGGUGAAUUACGGAUUGUGUGCAACUGUUUGGAGUGAAAAUGGAUCAAGAAUUCAUCGCGUGGCACCAAAACUCGAGGCCGGUACAAUUUGGUGCAAUUGCUGGCUGAUUCGAGACUUGAAUAUGCCUUUUGGUGGCUACAAGCAGUCUGGUCUAGGGAGAGAAGGAUACAAAGAUUCCUUGGAAUUUUACACCGAAGUGAAAACAAUCUGCGUCAAGAUAGAUGAAGGAAGUUAAGCACGAAGAUUCAUACCAGAGUGCAAAGUAUUUUUUGUGCGCGGGGAAUUAUUUUCUGUCGCUUACGCUUGCGCGGGAACAAAUCAUUUUGCAAAAUGACAGGUUAAAAGCUGCGGGAUUUCAUUUUUAAAUAGCACUUUUACGGCUCGAAAUUAAGCUAUGCGCGGAAUUCACACGAAAGUCCAUGUUCCAACUGCUCGGAUUAAUCUAAAUUUGUAAAAAUGCGCGGACGGGAUUUGAGCAAAAAGUUAUUGCCCAAAAGUUAUUUUUCGUUCCCCGCGCAUACCCAAACUUUGCAGUCUGGGAUUCAUAUCUAUUUUGUUUUUUUAUUUUUAGAAUUUAAUUUCAAAUUGGUUUGUUCCUAGAGUCUUACAAGUCAGAUGGCAUGUCUUUUAUCUCUCGGCCAAUUACAGAAAAACCUGUAAAUUUGCGCACCCUGUUCUGGGGGAAAACUAGAAAAUUACGACUGCGUUGAUGUCAAUUUAUGCGAAUGCCAAUCAAUGGGUGAAAAAUAGGGAGGUAUUAGAAAUUUGUGAGUGACAUUGCGAAUUGUUCGCAUUUGGAAGCGGACAUGGAAAGUUUAUACUUUGGUAGGAAAGUCAAUUUACACCUUGUUUUGGGAUAAAGUUAGCAUAAACGAUUCAAAACAUGCUUCCUACCAAGUAUUUCUUGAUUGGGUGUGAGGAAUGAAAAUUCCACUGAAUAAUUCGACUACUUGACUACGUAUGUAUCUUUUUAAGAUCUGGUUCUUGUUCCUAGCCUGUGUUUUAAACUAUUUUUUAGGCCCCAGGCCACUAGUUUUUUGUUAAUUUAUAAUUGCACGUUUGUCUUUUUUGUCGUUUAUUUUAGGGCAUGUUUAAUUGUAUUUAGAUAUUUUACAUAAGCGUCGUGGAUUUUUGUCUGCUUAAAUUCGUGUUCCCUAAAUUCCUAGAUUUUUAGGCAAAGUUUAAUACCCAGUUUUAUUUACAAUGCUCUGUGUUGUUUGCAAUAUUUUCAGUGUAGUAUUUAUGCAAUGAAUGAGUAUUUUUGUGUAUAAUGCGGUUAGGCAGUUAAA